CGUACCCAGCCAACGUUCACGCACACAAAUUUUAAAAAUGCUUCCAAGUAUUUGUAUCUAAUCUUUCUUCGAUAAAGAUAAUAAGAUAUAGACGUCUAAUCGGAAAUGUGAGGAGCUUCCAAGACUAACGUAUUUACAGUGAGCAAUCACCGAAGGCGUGUUCAAUUGAAAUUUUGUGGAAGUAAUUUUUUGAAAACAGGUCAUAUGGAACUAUGGCCUCAAAAGGGAUUUCGAUUAUCCUCGCAAUCAUUUGUUCGGUAAUUAUAAACCGGAUUUCUGCUGACCCUACGUCUUGUCCCAGUCAAGAGUCCUGCGAGAGCUGUCUGGCGGCAGAUUUUGAUUGUGCCUGGUGCACGGAUGAGAAUUAUGCGAGCACGGAUCGACGUUGUAUGACCAAAACUGAACUUCUAAACAGGAACUGUGGGAGCGGCAGUAUCCUCCAAAAUGUAGAGGAAACUUCAAUUCUAGAAGACAAAGAGCUGCAGGACUACACGGAAAAUGGAGAAACUAUUCAAAUUCGGCCACAACGGGCGAAAUUACGUCUUGUUAAAGGACAAAAAAGCGAAAUCGAAAUGACCUACCGUCCGGCUCGCAACAACCCCCUUGAUCUCUACUACCUCAUGGACCUCACAUUCUCUAUGGAAGACGAUCGAAAGACCCUGGUCACUGUUGGUAGCAAGUUGGCGCAAACUCUGGGCUCUUUAACAGAAAACUACCGGCUAGGAUACGGAAGCUUCUCAGACAAACCCAUAUGGCCGAUGAUUGUCCCUAACACACAAGACAAUCCUUGCAAACCUGCCGGGGUUGAUUGCGAGCCUGCAUACGAUUUCAGACAUCAUCUCUCUUUCACGAACGAUAUGAACAAAUUCGUACGAGAAGUGAACGAAAGCAGAAUAACAGGAAAUCUGGAUAAUCUCGAAGGAACUCUGGAUGCUUUGAUGCAAGUGAUUGUAUGUGACGAUAAGAUUGGGUGGAGUGAAGAUGCUAGAAAGAUUGUGAUUGUUGCAACAGAUGGUUUGAUGCACUUUGCUGGCGAUGGUUUACUUGCUGGGCUGAUAAAGAAAAAUGACCGGAAAUGCCACCUUAGCGAGACUGGGUUAUAUGAAGCAGCACUGGAUUUUGAUUAUCCUUCAUUGGAGGAAAUUUAUCGAGAAUUGUUGCGCAGAAAGAUCAGUGUAAUUUUUGCUGUGACUAGAGAUAAUGUGCAGACUUACCGGCAACUAACGGAUCUAAUGGCUGAUGUGAGCAGUGUUGAAAUUUUGAGUGAAGAUUCUUCGAACAUUGUAGAAUUGGUUGGCGAAGGAUACAAAAAAUUUGUUCGUAAGGUUAAUUUUGUUGACACAAGCCCGCCGUUUAUUGAUGUCAGUUACAAAACUGAUUGCGGAAUCGCAGGCGGUAAACUGGUACCAGGACAAUCCUGCAGUAAUUUGGAACUCGGACAAAAUGUGAAGUUCUCUAUUGGUUUCACGGUGAAGGAGUUUCCUGAAAAUGGAGUAUAUAACCACAUAAUUCGAAUUGAAGAAGUUGGUCUAUCCGAGGCCUUGGAGGUUGAAGUUGAAAUACAGAAGCCAUGUCCUUGUGAACGAAAUGGUGGGAUCGAGUCGAGAAAUCAUGAACUUUGUAACGCCCAUGGCAGUUUCGAAUGUGGAAUGUGUUAUUGCGAGGAAGGAUGGAUCGGUAAAUCAUGUUCAUGUAAUUCACAGUCGGCAAAUCAAACCGACUUAACAAAUCAAUGUCGUCCCCUUCUGGAAGCUUCUACUCUAAAGCGAGGUGCAAUUUGCUCCGACAGAGGUGAAUGUGAAUGUGGUCAAUGCUAUUGCUUCAGCGGAUAUGAAGGACAGUAUUGUGAAUGUCCUAAAUGCUCGAAUACGUGCAACCUAGAGUCAGCCGUUUGUGAUUGCGGUGUAUGUUUGUGUAACCCUGGCUGGUCAGGACCUAGAUGUGACUGUCCCACUGCAACUGAUUCUUGUAUGUCACCAAAUGAUGAACUCUGCUCUGGUCAAGGGGAGUGUCAUUGUGGACAGUGCAAGUGCAACUCCAAGUUUUAUGGAACAUUUUGCGAAAGUAGUGAAGGAUCAGAUGAGUUCAAGAAUAAAAUUUGUCAGUACUUCAACCCCUGUGUAGAGCGAUUAGUGAGGGAGCGAAAGGACGAGAAAGUUGACAUCAUGGAAGUUUGCGCCGAUUCAAAUAAGAUGCCUUUUAGUUACUCGUUCGUGGAAAGUCUUCAAGAUAACGAGAGGGUUUGCAUAGCCCGCGUCCAAUUUGAAACUGGAUUAUCCUGCGAUUUCCCCUACAUUUACGACGCAACGAAAGGUUCUAAACAAUUGUAUAUCGUGUGGGAUGAGGAAGCAUGUAAACCAGUUAACUAUGCAGCAUGGAUAUCCGUCAGCAUUAUAGCAACAAUAUUGUUCGGUUUGCUCCUUAUAGUGAUUAUGAAACUGUUCGUUAUGUUCCAGGAAAAGCGGGAAUUUGCCACAUUCAAAGAGCAAAUCGAGAAAAAUCAAUGGGAAGCGAACGUGAGUCCGCUUUAUAAAGAUCCAGUUCGGAGCUAUCGAAUGCCAGAUAAUAUGGAUGGAACCGAAUUUAAUUAAAACUACUGGAAGGAGCUAAAUGCGAAUAAUAUAUUUUUUUAUAAUGAA